CAUCAUCCUGUGCUUAUCUGAUAUUGUCAUAACACAGGCUGCUCGACCUUCAAACCACCACCAAUUUCAACAAAUCAAACCAUCUGGUUAUUAUUGUGAAAGGAAUAAUAAAUUGAAACAACAUGAGUGGAGAGGAACAUCAUAACAAUCAGGACAAAGGUUUGUUAUCUAAUAUCGCUGGAAUGGCUGCUGGAGCUGCACAUCAUGGUGGGGGGUACCCUCCUCAAGGAGGAUACCCUCCCCAGGGAGCAUACCCUCCUCAAGGUUACCCCCCACCUGGAGGAUACCCACCAGCAGCAUAUCCUCCCGCUGGUGGUGGUUACCCCCCGCAAGGUUAUCCUCCACAAGGAACCCAACAUGGAUAUCCACCAGCUGGCUAUCCUGGUCAGUCAGCUCCUCAUAGUUCAGGAGGGCAUGGGCAUGGACCUGGGAUGGGAACUAUGCUAGCUGGAGGUGCAGCUGCUGCUGCAGCCGCGUACGGAGCUCACCAACUAGCAGGGCAUGGGGGGCAUGGGGGGCAUGGGAGCCAUGGGGGUCAUAAUUUAGCACAUGGAGCCCAGAACAUGAUGGGCGGCAUGGGACAUUUCAGUGGCGGGAAGCACGGAAAGCAUGGUGGUGGGAAAUUCAAGCAAGGUAAGCAUGGAAAGGGCGGGAAGCAUGGCAAAUUCGGAAAACAUAAGGGCAAAAUGUCUGGGUUCAAGAAAUGGAAGUAAAUGUUGGUGUAUAUAUUACAUGUAUGAUAUAUGUUUCCUAAAACCAAGUUUCUUGGCUUACUUUAUCGAGGGAUUUUUAUGUUGAGUUUGAGAUAUUAUUGUAGUAAUAAAUGAAAGGAUAGGCCAUGCUAUCAUUUAUGUCUAA